AUGAAUCGAGGAAGCAUCAAUUCUGCUAUAAAGAAAGGCAUCUCUGGCUCUCUUAUAGCGAAUCGGCAAGCUUCCAACUCUUCCGAACAAUCAAGAAGAAGACGUGAAGAGUUUGUUCAAAAAAAGCGUGGAAGAGUUGAAAACUCACCUCAGUCAGAACCAACGAAUGCGGAUACCAAUUUGCCUGAUAUCAAUAGACUCGGUGAAUACGCUGCUUCGAUUCUUAAAGAGGAUACGAACACGUUAAUAGAUUCGGCAAGGCAGGUCCGACGGCUUCUUUCUCAAAAAGAUGGUCUCUACGUGAAUGAUGUGAUAGCCUCGGGUGUCGUUCCUGCAUUCGUCCGUUUCCUCACAUACGAAAACAACCCCAAGUUACAGUUUGAGUCUUCCUGGGCACUCACCAACAUUGCUUCAGGAACCCCCCAACAGACCGCAGUCGUGGUCCAAUCCGGAGCGAUCAGUCCCCUGCUCUCCCUUCUCUCAUCCUCACAUCUCGAAGUGCAGGAGCAGUCUGUCUGGGCGCUAGGCAACAUCGCCGGAGACUGCGACGAAUACCGCGAGAAGAUCCUGCAAUCGAACGGUUUUUCGCUGAUCAUCGCGUUCGCGCAGAGCAACCUGGACAAAAUCGGCGUGGUCAAAAACUGCAUGUGGUGUCUCUCCAACCUGUGCCGAAACCAGCAAAAACUGCCCGGUCUGUUCCAAUUCAUCCAGCCGCACCUCCGAUUUCUUCAGCAAAUGCUUUACUGCAACGUCACCGAAGUCGUUUCCGACGCCUGCUGGGCGUUUUCGUUCCUCCUCGACGCGGAGGCGGCGCAGAAGAAGGUCGUGAUCCCGUUCGUGAACCCGACGUAUUUAAUGCGAUUGAUCUACGUGGAUAACAUCCGCCUGCAGAGCCCGGCGCUGCGCGUAGCGGGGAAUAUCGUGACGGGAGACAGCGAAGAUACGCAGUUGAUGCUGGACGCAGGAUUGCUGCAAGUGCUGGUUUCGAUCCUGCCGAAGGCGAAGGAGCUGCAGAAGAAGGAUAUUUUGUGGAUUGUGAGCAAUGUGACGGCGGGGAACCCGACGCAGAUCCGCUCGGUGAUUGAUCGGGGUUUUAUCGAAUAUUUGAUUAAUGUGAUGAACACGGAGAGCCCGAUUCUGCAGAUCGAAGCCGCGUGGGCGGUGUGCAAUGCGAUUAAUGGAGGCACGGUGGAACAGAUUCGGUAUAUCGUGGGGAAGCAUGUGAUUAGUCCUUUGAUUCGCGUUCUGUCGCAGACGAUCAAAAUCUCUUUAGUUAAAAACAUUUUGAUUUCGUUGAAUCGCAUUUUGAAGGUCGGAAAUCAUGUUCAGAAGCACUGUCAGCUAACGGAUAAUCCUUAUUUUGUGACGUUUAAUGAUGCGGGAGGCGUGGAUCGAGUUCUGGAGAUUCAGAGUGUAAGUGAUCCAGAAAUCAAAGAGAUUUGUGAACAUAUUUUACGAUACUGUGAGAUGAACGAGGAGGAUUUGGAAGCAUUGCUGCCCAAGAUUUAG